AUGAAACCACCCCCUUCGGUUAAUAAUCCAGGCCUCUCUCCCCCCCGUUAUGUUGUGGAGAGGUUUUCCCUCCCAACUUUUGUUGGGUUUUGUCUGCUCCUUGCUGUUGCAAGGAUUUGCUACUUGUGUGGUAGAUCUAGUGUCGAUAUUUCUGUUUUGGAGAUGGAGCUGCUGAUUUUGGUGGAUCUACUUUGUUGUGCUUGCAGAUCAAGGGGGAUUAGGAGAUGCUGUGAUAUUCUUUGGAAUAUCCUGGUGGAAGUUGAGCAGUAUUGCCCUCCAUCCUUGGGGUACUUCCUAUCCCAUGAAGUAUGA